AUGCAGACCUCCAAAAAGCCAACCGACUGGGCUAUUAUCAGUGGGGUAGUUGGAGACAUCACUUCCCUUUCCGACCAGAUAGAUAUGCGAAUCAUCGAUGUCUGCCACUGCGCGCCAGUCAGUCGCAAGAGUAACAACGGGGUCGUCCUUUGGUCCCCACAAACACGGCUCGUGUUCAUACAAGCCAUGAUUGCUUAUUCUGAAGCGAAGGAUGUUAAGCUUUCAGGAGGUCUCUUAUCUUGCGCACCGUGCAGUGUCUUCGUUGCGAACUUCCUCCUUAGUCGGCUCAACGAGGUGCGAGACAAAAGACAAAUAAAUAGCUGUCUACAACAGCUUCGUAAAUCGACAAAAGCGGCGACGCCGUGGUUAUUUAAGCUCCUCACCACCUACUCACGCGCUGACCUCGAUAUUCCCGACUGGAUCCUCCGCUUCCCCCGACCGGAUACGCAAGGCUUGCUUGCUUCUCCAUCGCCUCAAUGCUAUCGAAUGCAACCAACACUCGUGUUCGACAUUGGCGUCAAUACCAGCCACCCAUACUGGCAGCAGGCCGUCGGAGAGAUAAUUCUCUUACAUUCUACAGCCGUGACUCCAACCCAGAAUGUCUCUGCAGACCACGCGAAUGGCGAAAUGAAACUACUGAGCCCCUGUCGCCUCGGGAAAGUACAAUCGCAUGUACUUGACGGCGACCGAGAUGAGGCGGAAACGGUGACCGGCGCGCUGCAUCCAGAAGGAAGUCGUGGAGGGGACAACUCACCUCCUCUUUGGCGCUACGCAAGCCCCGUGGUUCCGCCGCACCUCCGCGCAAGACUUGUGGGUCGAACAAAGGCUUGGACCGUCCGCCAUCGGGUUUAUCUCUAUGACUCUGAGGACCGACAUCCCUUCGCCGAGGUGGUUUACAACUUCCCCCCACUGUCGCAUAUUAGCUUGUUGCCCCAACCCAGCGCACACUAUGCGAUGACGAACUUGAAGACUGUUGUAGAAAAGGCAGGUCAUGCUUGUCCAAUCAACGGAGGAAUGCAUGAAUUUCCGAUUGCCUCUUACGCGGUUCAGCCAAACAAUAAGAGGAACCGGAAGAAGAAGAGAAUUGAUGAGCCGCCUCAGGCAGAUCCAGCUGAGAUUAAAAUCGAAGUUGUCGACUUGUACUCCUCGCCGACCCACUCGACCAACUUGAACCCAGACCACAUUCCGUAUGAGCCCCUGCAGUGGAUUAUUAUGGAGCCAGCAACUGAGAAAGAACACCGGAAUAAUCUGGAUACCGAAGCGGUUGAGUCCGAAUCGACAGAGAGCUGUCGGCGGUCAGAGGGGGUAAUCUCAAUGCCUGAGGUUACCGAGAAGGACCCGCCGCAAGUUAGUGGGAACGACACGACGCUUGAAUGCUCCAGACGGCCAUAUUCGUCGCUUAUCGACUGGAACAAAAUGCCUGCCAAGUCCUCGACCACGAGACCGAGACGCAAAGUCUCACAGUCGGGCCAUGCCAAUGGCGCUCAAGCUAGGGGUCCAGGGCCCAAACGGACGCUCCGCAAAGCCAUUCGACUCCACCAUCCAUACCCACAGCCUAAGGCUACAGACGUCCCACAGCAUUCCUGA